AUGAGAAUCAUAAUCAAAGGGGGUGUCUGGAGGAACACCGAGGAUGAAAUCCUCAAGGCGGCCAUUUCAAAAUAUGGGAAGAAUCAAUGGGCUCGAAUAUCCUCCUUGUUGGUUCGAAAAACUCCCAAACAAUGCAAAGCACGAUGGUACGAAUGGCUAGACCCAUCGAUCAAAAAGACCGAAUGGUCAAAAGAGGAAGACGAGAAGCUACUCCAUCUUGCCAAGUUGAUGCCAACCCAGUGGCGUACGAUAGCUCCCAUCGUUGGCCGAACAGCGAACCAAUGUCUCGAGCGCUACCAAAGGUUGUUGGAUGAAGCUGAGCAACGAGAAGCAGCUGAGGGCGAUGAUGAUCUAGGGCUCACCGGGACUGGGGCCGAAGCUGGUCCGAGUGCUGAUGAUGUGCGGAGGCUACGGCCUGGUGAAGUAGACCCGGACCCAGAAGCUAAACCGGCAAGACCUGAUCCGAUCGAUAUGGACGAAGAUGAAAAGGAAAUGUUAUCUGAGGCCCGUGCUAGGCUAGCAAACACCCAAGGCAAAAAGGCGAAGCGGAAGGCACGUGAGCGACAGUUAGAGGAAGCUAGACGAUUGGCCAUGCUGCAAAAAAAACGUGAACUCAAAGCCGCUGGGAUUGUAAUGCGAAUGAGACCCAAGAAAGAUGGCAUGGAUUACAAUGCUGACAUCCCCUUCGAGAAACAACCUGCGCCUGGGUUUUAUGAUACGACGCAAGAGAAGAACAAAUUCAUUGCUGCUCCAGUUGGGAAGAACCUUCGUCAGUUGGACUCUCACAAACGUACCCGUGCCGAAGACGAGGAAGAGCGGCGCAAACGGGCAAGAAAGGCGAAGGAGAUGGCAGCCGACAAAGAUGCCUCUGCUCACUUUGUACCCGCCAAGGACAGCCUAAUCCAACGUCAAAAGGAAGAAGCUAAUAUUCUCAAACGGCGCGCGUUGGUUUUACCCGAACCUCAAGUUGGAGACUCUGAGCUUGAAGAUAUCGUCAAAAUCGGACAGGCCGGUGAAACAGCUAAAAGCUUGGUCGAAGAUGGUGGAGAAGGUGCUAGCCAAGGGUUACUUGGAGAGUACUCGACCCUUCAACAUGUCCAAACCGCUCGAACACCCCGCACUCCCGCUCAAGCUGACAACAUUAUGGCUGAAGCCAGAAACCUUCGCAACAUGACGAUGGCGCAGACCCCCUUACUCGGUGAAGCCAACACACCAUUGCAUGAACUGGUGGGGCGGGGUACCGGGUUUGAUGGUGCCACACCUGCACGAGUUGUCACUGCAACUCCGAACCCACUCGCAACGCCUUUGCACAAAAACGGUCGCGAUCCCAGCGCCACACCUGGUGGCGAUCACGCUAGUGUCGAUGGUACACCCAUGAGGACUCCCACGACCCGUAACACUCUCAACAUCAACGCAGGUGAUGAUAAAUCGAUGAUGGGCGACACGCCCCGCGCCCGUAACAUCGACAUCAAGCAGCAGUUGAGGCAAGGAUUCAUGGCGCUCCCGAAGCCAAAGAACGAUUACGAACUUGUCCUCCCCGAAGAGGAGCAAGAGCGCAUCGCGGAACUGGUGGAUGAAGCUGGAUCUAUCAUCGAAGACGCGGCUGAUCGACAGGCCAAAAUGCAAGCACUUCAAGCUGCCGAAGAAAAGAAAGCGCUCGCGAGACGGUCGCAGGUCAUUCAACGUGGCCUUCCACGACCGGUUGAGUUGGAUGAACAGCGCUUGAGAAAGAGUUUGGUCCAAGGCUCAAGUACAUUAGAGGACAAUCUUGAGCGCAAGAUCAUGGACGAGAUGAUCCAGCUGUUAUUACACGAUUCAGUGGUCUAUCCAGUCGCAGGUGGGAAGAUACCGGGAGGGGGUCGGUCUGACUUGGCCCCGAUAGAAGACGGGGCGAUUGCGGCCGCCAAAGAAUUAGUUCAUUCAGAGAUGGCUAACAGUUGCGGAUUCCCUGGUGCGAACUCUGAACAAAUCAAACGAGUGGCUGUAUUAGCAGAAGAAGAGCUCUUCAAUCGGACUUGGGAAGAUUGCUCGAAGAAGUAUGCUUUUGACGCGCGGACGCUCGGCUGGGUGGAGUCCUCGACGCUCGACGAGCACAUGAAGAUUGCGGGUUUGAAGCACAUGAUCGAUGAAGGGCGGACGAACAUCAUCAAAGAUGCAAAUGCUUGCAACAAGGCUGAGAAGAAGUUGACCAAGCUCGUGGGUGGCUAUCAGGCUCGGUCGAAGGGACUGAGUGAUAAAUUACGAAGCAGGGUGGCCGAGCUGGAUCGCUACCAAAUCGAGCUUGCUAGUUUUGAAAGACUCGAGAUCAACGAACAGGGCGCGGCAAAAAGAAGACUGGAGAAGUUAGAAGAGGAGGUUCAAACUUUGACUCGUAGGGGCAGGGAAGGACAAGAUACUUACAAAGAACUUGUAGGCGCAAAGGCUCUGCUUGAGGCCGAAAUUGAGGACAUGAAAGCCGAGCUAACGAUGCGAGAAGUCGAGGCGGCUAAUGAAGCAGCGUUGGCAUGA